UAAAUAAUCAGAAGAACUAUGACAACCUUUUUGUAUAAGGGCCAGCAGUCAAGAAUUGAACAACUUUGUUGCAGCUGCUAACAAUGACUAUGUUUACUGUUGAAUCCUACAGAUCACCAUGGACCAGUUUCUCUCAGCCUUGAGAGAAAGGGGUGUUCCCUAGGAGAACCUGGAAAGAAUGGCAGAGGAAAAGAUCGAUCAAGACAUUGUAAAGUUCCUUGGAGAAGACAAACUCUCUGCUUUUAUUCCUCGAUAUGGAGAUCGUGUCUUUGCCAGAAACUGGAAGGAGUUAUCCUCAAGUGAAAGGAUAGAGGAUACAGAGCAAAGGAAACAAACUUUAAUAAAUAGACUAAGAGAGAAGAUGAAACUUCCAUCCACCACCUCAGCCACAGCAACCAGCAGCUUUAAAUCUAAGCCUACACUUCGUGGAAAUAAGAAUGCUGAAAAGAAGACAAGGAAAAUCGAACUUGGCUGGUUGAACUACCAAAAUUCUAUGUACAAACAAGUAAGAAGGCCUACUGGUGGUGGAACAAGAGAGAUAGUUGUAAGCAAAGAUGAUACUGUAUCCUCAAUUCUUGAAAAAGGGAAAACCCUUUUUUUCCCCAACGGUACAUCAACAAAAGGCAAAUUAGAGGACUUUGAGUUCAUGCUUUCUGUCAUUGGUUCUGAGGAGCCCCUUGAGGGUAGUGUCACAGUUGGAAGUUUGUUAGAGCAAACUAAUUACAAGAUCCUCAGACUAUACCUCUGUACAAAGCCAAAAGAUUGUAGUGAUUCUGAGCUUAGUGAUGAAACAACAGACAUGCCCUUUUCACCUGAUACAUCCAACACACUUGGGCCAGCUAAAUAUGCAUCUCCAUCCUUAUCCAGCCCAUCACUGCUCUCCCCCACUCCUGGCAUAAGACCUCGGUACGGCAGUAGGCCUUUCUCUUGGAGCAGUCCUGAUACUACCUCAACACUCCAAGCAACUCCUACUUCUCAAACAUCAGGCCAGCCUCUUAUAGAUCUACCCAGUGAUGAUGAAGUUAUUGUAUUUGGAUAUGACACCAACAUGCCUUGUGAACUUGUCGAUGGUCUUGCUGACACUCUGGUAUACUCACCGCUACACGUCAAGACCACAGUAAGUCCAGAUUCCUGGCCAGUUAACAGCCAACAAGAAAGCGGCACAAACACAGUCUUUGAAAAUCAAAUAGAAGCAGUAGUGGUAGCUGAGAUGGAAGAAGAUAUUGACAUUGUGGAUUCUGAGCAGGCUUCAAGUUCCACCAGCACAAUGGCCAUUGAUUUCUUUGCAAAUCCAGAGAAUAUAGUUGAGAAGCAAGUCAUUGUGAUCCGCAAAACACACUGUCUUGUGGACAUGAUUGAAGCAUUUACAGAUGACUGCAUACUGGAUGCUAAUAUUUCAAUCAGGCGUGUGCUUGAACGUGGCGAGGCUGAGGCUGGAGUUGGGAGUGGGGUCACCAGAGACUGCCUCACUGAUUUCUGGGAUAUGUUUUAUGCAACAAAGACCUGUGGAACCAACUACAAGAUCCCACUUUUGUACCACAAAUUCCAAGAGAAAGAGUGGACUGCUGUUGCUCGCAUCUUGGCCUUUGGAUGGCAGAAAUUUCAGUUAUUUCCAGUCCAACUUGCCCCUCCGUUCCUUACAGAGGCGCUAUCUCUCUCCUGCUCAGACAAUCUACUGGAGGCUUUCUUCAACUAUAUCAGCGCAACUGAGAAGGAUGUGCUAACUGAGGCAAUUAGCAACUUCAAAGGGGCAGAUAUGGAUGAACUCCUUAGCAUACUCAGCAGUCACAACUGCUGUGUACUCCCAACUGAAGAAAAUCUGCCAAGUCUGGUGGAGGAAAUAGCCCACAAAGAGAUGGUGCAAGAACCAGCAUUUAUCAUAAAGUGUUGGAAGCCAAUUCUCAGGUCUAUUGGACAAUCCAUGAGUACGGAAGGAUUGAAGAAGAUUCUGGAUGAUCUCAAACCCAAGGCAAGAAACAUUACCAAAACCAUUAAGUUCCCAGAAUCUAUGUCACUGGAAGAACAAACUACCUCAAAUCAUCUCUUGAGAUUUGUAAGAGAAAGAGAUGAGAAGGAGCUUGGCCUAUUCCUCAGGUACUGCACAGGGUCUGACUUGUUCCUACCUAAGACCAUUAAAGUCACAUUCACAGCAGAACAGCCACAGUUCGCAAUGGCGCCUUUGGCUCACACCUGUAGUUGUUCUUUGGAACUGGCAUCUAACUACAAAGACUAUGCAGAUUUUCAAACAGAAUUCAUCUCUGUGUUGAAGAGUGGAGUGUGGGUAAUGGAUUUGGCCUAAUAAGGCUUUGUUUGCUUAGACAGCAAAUGAAAACUACACACACACACACACAUUCUGAAGUUUAGCAGCAUCAUCUUUUAUAUAAUCCACAAGUUCUACAUAUAUGGAGGGCAGAUGCAUUGUCGUAGUAGAAUGAGAUAGAUUUUUCUUUUCAAUUCAUGAUCUCUUUAAAAUUCAAAUAUGACAGCUGAAGGCACUGUGGAAAAAAAAUCACACUUGAGUUAAUAUUUCAAUAAAGACAAUUUAUUUACAAAAAAUAGAAAUGUGACAAUGUAUUCUUGGACAAGUUGUAUGUAUGUACUGUUUGUGGUUGAUGUUUUUCCAUUGUUAAAAUUAAACCUAAACAUAGUUCAUAAAUUACAGUGUAAUGCUAUGCAGAUCUUCAAACCUGGAAGAGUUUCUAUUGCCAGUACUGUUCUACGUUGUCAGUGUCAAAUGUGCUAU